UCUCUUUUCCCCUUCCGUCGUUCUGCAACUCUUUUUCUCUUCUUCCAUUUAUAAUCGCAUGCGAUACUUCUUGUUUAUUCGAAUGAGAGCAUCAUCUUUAAGCUUGAUCUUUCAUUUUUCAUUUGUACAGAUUUUCGCAUUUUAGGGUUUAAGUAAAUUUAGUAUUUUCGAUAAAUGGUGCGGUUUGUCGUAUAUUCUUUCCGUUUAUUGGCCCUAUAACCCGAGUUGGGUAUGUUUUUUACGUCAAUGUUGGCCUUCAUUUGUCGCGCAUUUGAGUUCUAUACUUGUACUUGAAGGACAAGACUAUUUCCUAUGCAGUAUCAUUAUAACGUGAUCGUAGGAUUGGGGCUGGAAGGAAAGCAAACUCUCUCAUUAUCAGUGGAAGAGGAACUAUGCCUCCAAAUUAUGCAAACAGCACAUCACAUGCUAGAAAUUUGAAAAAAAGCCAGCUUGCAGGUGUCAUAUUUGGCUGCAAGAAUAGCACCAUGGGUGAAUGCCUCUCUGCACAACUCUUUGAAUGAAUUUUAGCAGAUGGUAUGCGAUUUAUACAGAGUCAUAUCUCCGUGACCUCAUAAAAUACUUCAACUUGAUUAGGCUUGCCAGCUGAACACUGGUCAUAUGUGAAAAAUAUUGAGCCAAGCUUGCCACUGUUCCUUUUUAACUAUAGCGAUAGGAAACUACAUGGAAUCUUUGAAGCUGCUAGCUCUGGCCAAAUGAAUAUUAACCCAUAUGCAUGGACAGACAAUGGCUCUCGAAGAACCCAAUAUCCUGCACAGGUUCAAAUUCAUAUCUGUCUACAAUGCCACCCAUUGCGUGAAGAACAGUUUAAACCAAUAAUUGCAGAAAACUAUUAUAUUCGUAAUCAUUUCUGGUUUGAGCUCGACCAUGCACAAACCAGCAAGCUGACAUCGUUACUAGCAUCGCUAGCAGUUACUCCUGGUUCUUCUAUACCUGAGAAUACAACAAACUGGAUAAGUGUUCACAAACCUCUUCCUGUGCCUAAAAGAAGAGAUGAGGGGUUCACAGCAGUCAAUUCAUUGUUCCAAAAUCAAUCAAGUAGCAAAACCAAUUCCAUGGAUGCUUCUUCUUUAGCUGGCAAGGAUAGGCCUCUACAAAACCAGUUGGACAUUAAGAUGGUGGAGCAAGAUCAUGAAGAUCUUUUACUCAAAGAACUGCAAGAAUUGGCUCAUAAUAAUGAAUCUAAAAAUUUGCCUUUGAGGGAUUGUGUGGACAAUUCUGCCACUGUAAAUGAUAUGUGCUUGGAGGAGAAAGGUCCUGUUGAGGAACAGAUGCAUUUGGGAAUGAAGAAUGAUGAAACCCCUUGUACCUCAUCUAAUUGUCAGUACAUUAUAGCUCAGUUGGUGCAAGGGAUGGAGGAGCUUAAGGCUUUUAAAAGAGAACAAAUGUUGAAGAUGUGUCAUUUGGAGCAGAAACUGGCUGUUGCAGAAGAACAAAUUCAAAAGUUGAAAGAUCGCUGUAUGAUGUUAGAGUCUCUGUCCAAUCCUUCCAUGAGAGACAUUAAUAAUUCAGGAGGUAGUUCUUUUGAUGAUCUGGAUAUGGACCCUACUAAUACAGCAAGUAAUUCUUUUGAUGAUCUGGAUCUGGACACUUCUAAGUCUAUUUAUCUGGUGGGGGGAUACGAUGGUGAAUCUUGGUUGUCAUCUUUAGAUUUGUAUUUUCCUGAAAAUGAUGUUUUACAGUCUUUGAAGCCAAUGAGCACUGUUCGUUCAUAUGCUUCCACUGCGAAAUUGAAUGAUGAGGUUUAUGUUUUUGGCGGGGGUAGUGGCAAUUUGUGGUAUGACUCAGUUGAAUCAUACAAUCCAGCUAAUGAUCAGUGGACCUUGCGCCCAAACCUGACGGAGAAAAAGGGGAGUUUAGGUGGUGCCACUUUAAAGGACAAAAUAUUUGCAAUUGGUGGUGGGAAUGGGUUGGAAUCCUUUUCAAGUGUUGAAAUGCUUGAUUUUGAUGUUGGACGUUGGAUUCGAACAAGAUCGAUGCUACAAAAGCGAUUUGCUCUUGCUGCUGUGGAAUUCAAUAGUGCACUUUAUGCUACAGGAGGAUUUGAUGGGAAUGAUUAUUUGAAGUCUGCUGAAAGAUUUGACCCUAGAGAACAUUGUUGGACCAGAAUUGCAAGCAUGAACACAAAGAGGGGCUGCCACUCUUUGGUUGUUUUGAAUGAAAAACUGUAUGCCCUUGGUGGUUUUGAUGGAAACACAAUGGUUCAAAGCACUGAAGUAUUUGAUCCACGUCUUGACUUGUGGGUUGAAGGAGAGCCAAUGAACAAGUCUAGAGGAUAUUCUGCUGCUGCAGUUGUUGGUGAAACUAUAUAUGUGAUGGGAGGGUUGAGAUCUGAUGAAAACAUUCUAGACACGGUUGAACAUUUCAAGGAGGGUCAGGGAUGGCAAGAAAAUAUGACGACAGCUGUUAGGAAAAGAUGCUUCUUGUCAGCUGUUGUUUUGUAGUCAUAGAGGCAGUAGUUGAUUUUGGAUGGGCAUGGAGAACAGAGGGUUGUAGUCCAAGCCUGUAUGUUUGGCAUGGCCACGGAUAUAGCAAUGCUCGUUUCAAUGGCAAACUCCAUGCUAAUCACCAGUUUUUGCUGUCAACUUGUUGCUGUUUGUUAGGAUGGCUUGGGAGCUAAUGAUCUUACAAUCGUCGAAUGAUGUGAACACAGAUGUCUGCAUGCCAAUAUGUGGAGGAAUACUUUUGUUCUCUGUGCCUCUUGCAUCUGUAGGGGUAGUUGUCUUUGCUUCUAAAUGAUGACUAAUCAGUUAAAAACAGGCUAUAUCACAGUCCUGUCCAUUUAAUAUCUCAAUUAAAGUAAUUCAUGGUGAGUACCAAAAAUAUUUCUCAAAUAAGAAUAAUGGAUGUAAAGCUAUUACAUUUUAUAAUUCUGUUUUGAUCUUUGAAAUUUUAAUUUGAGUCGAUCCAUCAUAAA